AUGAAUAUCUAUAUAUUAGCUUCAACUCAUUUGAAAGACAGAGAUACCUGCCUAAAUUGGCUUAGAGAAAAAGAUCUCCCACCAAUUAAUAGAAAAUGUCCUAACUGUAAAAGACCGAUGACCUAUGAAGCAGACCAUGGUUUAGGUAGAUAUCGUUGUCGAAACAGCCAUAGCGGAAAGGGAGACAUCAAUAUAUCCGUAGCUAAAGGCACAUGGUUUGAAAAUGUUAAAGCAGGAGUCAUAAAGUCCGUACUAUUAGUGUACGCCUUUACCAGUCAAAUGACAUAUGAACAAACAAUUAAAAAGACAACAAUAGAUGGUUCAGUGACAUCAUCCACAACAGUAGCUGAUUGGUUUAAUUACUGCCGUGAAGUCUGUAUGUGCGCAUUAGAUCAGAAAUAUGAAAAUGAAGGGAUGAUAGGCGGAGAAGGUGUAGUAGUUGAGAUAGACGAGUCACUUGUAGGCAAAAUGAAAUACUGGAAAGGCCGAUUAAGAAAAGGAAAUUGGAUAUUAGGAAUGGUUGAAAGAGGCAAAGAUAGAAACGGAUACAGACUUGAGCUCAGAAAUGCCGACACAUUAAUACCAUUAAUUCAGAAACAUGUGGCCCCCGGAACUACUAUAAUAACAGAUGAAUGGAGGGCUUAUUUGUCACUUGAAAAAUAUGGAUACAAACACUUGACAGUUAAUCAUAGCAAGCACUUCAAGGAUCCGGUCACUGGAGCUCAUACAAACACAAUAGAAGGCAGCUGGAAAUGGAUGAAGUACAAACUUACAACAAGAGGAUAUCGUAGGGAUCAAUUAGCAAUGCAUUUAUGUGAAUAUCUGUGGUUCCGGGAUUGUCGUCGCAAUAAUAUUGAUCCGUUUGACCAAAUGAUUAAAGACAUCAAAAAUGUGUGUCCUACAAAUACUUGUAAUUUCUAA